UUAACUAAUACGCAUUGAGUUUCGUUGCUUUCUCGGGAAAAAUCUCUUUGUAACUAAACUUUUAUGUACCUACUAAAAAUCUCAUGUUGAGAUUCUUCAAGACCGACCAUAGAUUGUUCCAUCGAAUCAUCGGGUACACAAGACCAUUCCACGGUCUAGCUAAAACCCAAAACGCUGAGAUCGCUAGACCAGGUUUGGUUGAUCCAAGCUCGCACCCGUGGCCCGAGUGGCUAGAUUUAAUGGGGAUGCUAGCUAAAAAAGGUUACUUUGAAGAAAGCUUGAUUCCAUUGAUGAGUUCCAAGGAAUCUAAUCAUAUUCGUACAGCUUGUCUCAAUUUCGCCCGCCAUCGUUUCACUCUCGUCAGAAACUUGUCGAAGAAAGAUAUCAAAGUGAUUGCUGGGUGUGGAUGUCCAAGCACUGAUAGGAAGGUCGUGAACUCAGGAAAGCGUCUAAGAGCUUAUGUGGGCAUUGAUGAAGGAAAUGUGUGUGGCUCCUGCAACUUGAGAGGGAAAUGUGAAAGGGCGUAUGCACAAGCACGGGAUGAUGAAGGUGCUCGAACUAUAGAUGUCAUGCGUUUACUGCUAACUUAUGGGCUUGAUUCCAUUUCUCCUACUGUUGAGAAUCGUGCCUGUCAAACCAAACUUGUUGAAGAUUCUGUGAGGAAGUUGCUCAGAGAAAGUGUAGCGUAUAGCUUAACAGAUUUUGAAUCUGCUGAGACUGAGACAGCUGGAGAUGAGCUCCAGCCAAAUUCACAGGACAUUGAUGAAAGAGAUCCACGAAAAAGGCCAGGGGAUUGGUAUUGUACAGAAUGCAAGUUUCUAAAUUUUGCGAAAAACAUAAGAUGCUUGCGAUGUGAUGUUUUUUCUGAGGAAAGGCUUAAACAGUUGAAGGAAGAACAAAAAGAUCAUCUCCCACUGAAGAAAGGAGAUUGGAUUUGUCAAACAUGUAAUUUCCUGAACUUUUCGAAAAACACGAGAUGCUUAAGGUGCAAAGACAAGCCUACAUUGCGUCAAAUCAAUCCCGGAGAGUGGGAAUGCGAGUCGUGCAAUUACAUCAAUUUUAGAAGAAACUCUAUAUGUUUGAAGUGUGAUCACAAGAGACAAAAGGCUGCAAACGUCACUCCGGAUUCAAAGACAGUUGCUGAUCGUCAAAGCGGAGUUACAAAGACGUGGAGCUUUGUAGAAGAAGAGAGUGUAAAACGAUGCAAUGGCGAAGAAGAGGAAGAAGAAGAUGGUUUCAUGGGAUUUCCAGUAGAGGGAGGGAGAAGCAAUGUUUCAAAGAGCGCAGAAAAGAGAGAGCAAUGGAAGUUGGAGAUGACACAGAGAAUUAGAAGCAAUGGGACUAAAGCGAAAAAAGAUGAUAAUACGAAGAACGAAACAGAGUCAAAAUGUUAUGAUCGGAGAAGAAAUGAACUUCUUGUUCCCAGAAACUUUAGAUUAUUGGAAGAGCUAGAAAGAGGUGAGAAAGGAAUUGGAGAUGGGACAGUGAGUUAUGGAAUGGAUGAUGCUGAUGAUAUUUUGAUGCAAUCUUGGACUGGUACCAUUCUUGGUCCUCAUAAUACUGCGUAUGAAGGGAAAAUCUUUCAGCUGAAGCUAUUCUGUGGAAAGGAUUAUCCGGAAAGUCCACCUACUGUGAGGUUUCAGAGUCGUAUAAACAUGGCUUGUGUCAAUCCUGAGAAUGGAGUGGUUGAUCCGAGUCACUUCCCUAUGCUUUCCAACUGGAGAAGAGAAUUCACAAUGGAGGAUCUACUGAUUCAGCUUAAAAAAGAAAUGAUGUCAUCGCAGAACCGCAAGUUAGCUCAACCCUUGGAAGGUAAUGAGGAAGGCAGGACAGACCCAAAGGGACUAGUGGUGAAAUGUUGCGUGAUGUGAAAAGAGGUAAUGAGGAAUUUAUAAGAAUUUAAGAGACAAAACAAUGUAUAUAAACAGCAUUUGAAGGGCUUUGAGAUUGGCCUAAGAACCCUUUCUUCUAUAGGCCUUCUUAAUCCUACCAUUUGAUUAUGUAUUAUGUAAUAUUUGAGAAUAUAUUCACCAAAAACAGGUGCCCUUAAUAAACCUCCACUCUUCUUCACUUUUUUUGGUCUUUUACUUUUGUGUGAGUGUAUGCGGCCUACUUUGGAGGACAUAGAGAUUGAAGGUCGUAUCAAAAGAAGUGCCUUUUGCAUAUAAUUGAUAAAGCAAAAGUUGCAGG